CAUCUUAGAAACCCGAGUCCGGCAGAUGGAAACAAAGCACUUGAAGGAGCUGGAGGACAUUCGGACCGAGAAGGACCACCUCCAGCAGCUGGUGAGUCACCAGAGCAACACCAUUGGACUUCUGGAGAAGUCCCUUCAUGUCGCCAGCAGUAACGCCAGCCUCCUUCAGCAACAGCAGCUGCAGCUCCUGGAAUCGGUCCAGAAUUUGGUCUCCUUAGUCUCCCAAGGAAAAGUUCUUCUGAAAAAAGAAGAGCGGCUUUUCCAGGACUGCAUGGACAUCCUUCAAUCCGGAUUCAACCUCAGUGGGGUUUACACCCUCCACAUCAACAAUCUGACUGAACCCAAAAAG